GCAUCUGGGCAAACAACAUCGGCUCCCGCCGGCUGCCUCCAACGUCCUCCAACCGGCCGAACGGAUCUCACCGGGCCGCCGGGGAGGGUCCUGCUCGUCAGCCCUAGGUUCCUUCUUUCGGGCUGAAUCUUAAAAAAAAAACCAAAACAAAAGAAAAAAAAAAAAACAAAAAAACCUGGCAGCGCGGGGGGUGGGGUGGGGUGGAAAUAAAGGCUGCUAUUUUUUUCCCCUGGGAUUUAUUUCAUGGGGAUGUGUUCAAGACAAGAGAGGAUUCAGAAGGAUAUUGACGUUGUGAUCCAAAAGUGCAAGGCGGAGAAGGACUGCCUGUUUGCAGAUUUCAGGUACUCAGACUCCACCUUUACGUUCACCUAUAUUGGAGGCUCCAAAAGUGUAUCCUAUUCAGUGCAUGUCUCUGAGGAUUACCCAGAUAACACUUACGUUUCCAGUUCUGAUAAUGAUGAAGAUGUGUUAGUUACAACAGAGCCAAUUCCAGUAAUUUUCCACCAAAUUGCUACAGAAUUAAGAAAAACCAGUGAUGUCAACUAUUGCUUAUCCAUAAAGUCAAAAUUACAGAGGGAGAAUGGAGAGGAGUCACGGCACAGCAGCACAGUUGAAGAAGACUCUGAAGGAGAUAAUGACUCUGAGGAAUUUUAUUAUGGAGGACAGGUUAGCUACGAUGGAGAACUUCAUAAGCACCCACAGCUGGAGGCUGAUUUAACAGCAGUGAGAGAGAUCUAUGGACCUAAUGCAGUAUCUCUCAGGGAAUAUGGAGCCAUUGAUGAUGUAGAUAUUGAUCUACAUAUUGAUGUUAGCUUUCUUGAUGAGGAGAUUGCUGUGGCUUGGGAUGUAAUUCGCACAGAGCCUAUAAUAGUGCGACUGCACUGUUCACUUACACAGUACCUAAAUGGUCCAGUGCCAACUGUGGAUGUAUUUCAGAUCUCUACCAAGGAGAGAUUUGGGCUGGGACAUCAGCUGAAAAAAAUCAUGCAGACGUUUGUUACACAACAGUGGAAGAACAGUAAAGAAAAAUCUAACUGUACGCACAAUAAGAAGGUGUCUGACAAAAAGGUGAAAUCCCCUCUGCACAUCUUUUCUACAUUGCGCAGGUCGCCAAGUUAUCCUCCACCUGGCUGUGGUAAAAAUAAAUCAAAACUGAAGUCAGAACAGGAUGGCAUCUCCAAGACUCACAAACUACUGAGAAGGACUUGCUCUAGCACAGUGAAGGCAGAGGAUGUGUGUGCCACAAAAUCUCACAGAACCUUUGGCCGCUCGUUAUCGAGUGACCCUAGGGCUGAACAGACAAUGGCUCUUAGAUCGCACAAACUGCUGAGUCGUGCUUGCUCUGCAGCUGUCAAGCAGGAGGAGUGCAUCACUUUAAAGCCCCAUAAGGUGUUAAAUAGGUCGUGCUCUGGGGAUCCUCGAUGUGAGCACAACAGCACCUUGAAGCCCCACAAACUUUUAAGCAGAUCCUACUCCAGUAACCUUAGAAUGGAAGAAUUGGAUGGAUUGAAGAAUCACAAGUUGCUCAGCAAGACUUACUCCAAUGCCCCUAAAUCAUCCAAAAUGGAGCCUUUCAAGGAGUCCACCAUGGCAGAGAGCAGGAGGCUCUCUCUUACCUCAGGGCUUAUUGGUAUCUUAACACCAUCCUCAUCAUCACCUUCACAAGCUGCUCAAAAUUAUGGUGCAAAAUGCAUUCCGGUGCGAGACCGUGGCUUUCUUGUGCAGACUAUUGAAUUUGCUGAGCAGCGGAUACCAGUAUUGAAUGAAUACUGUGUAGUUUGUGAUGAACCUCAUGUGUUCCAGAAUGGCCCUAUGCUGAGGCCCACUGUCUGUGAACGAGAACUCUGUGUUUUUGCUUUCCAAACAUUAGGAGUGAUGAAUGAAGCUGCUGAUGAAAUUGCAACUGGGGCACAGGUGGUUGAUCUGUUAGUAUCUAUGUGUCGGUCUGCAUUAGAAUCACCUAGAAAAGUUGUCAUUUUUGAGCCAUAUCCUUCUGUAGUUGAUCCUAAUGAUCCUCAGAUGCUGGCCUUUAACCCCAGGAAGAAGAACUAUGACCGAGUCAUGAAAGCAUUGGACAGUAUCACUUCCAUCAGAGAAAUGACACAGGCACCUUACUUGGAAAUAAAGAAGCAGAUGGAUAAACAAGACCCGCUUGCACAUCCUCUUCUACAAUGGGUUAUUUCUAGUAAUAGAUCACAUAUUGUGAAGCUACCAGUGAAUAGGCAACUAAAGUUUAUGCACACUCCCCACCAGUUCCUUCUUCUCAGCAGUCCACCAGCCAAAGAAUCCAAUUUCCGAGCUGCUAAAAAUCUCUACGGAAGUACCUUUGCAUUUCAUGGUUCACACAUUGAAAAUUGGCAUUCCAUCCUGAGGAACGGUUUAGUUGUUGCUUCCAAUACGAGGCUGCAGCUCCAUGGUGCAAUGUUUGGAAGUGGAAUCUACCUUAGUCCAUUGUCAAGCAUAUCAUUUGGUUACUCAGGGAUGAACAAGAAGCAGCAGAAGGUGUCAGCUAAAGAUGAACCAGCUUCAGGCAGUAAGGGCAGUAAUACAUCACAGUCACAGAAAAAAGGACAGCAGUCACAAUUUUUGCAAAGCCGUAACUUAAAAUGCAUAGCCUUAUGUGAAGUGAUAACCUCACCUGAUCUGCACAAACAUGGGGAGAUAUGGGUAGUUCCCAAUACGGAUCACGUGUGUACAAGAUUUUUCUUUGUUUAUGAAGAUGGUCAAGUGGGUGAUACAAGUAUAAAUACACAGGAACCAAACAUUCAUAAAGAGAUUCUUCGAGUCAUUGGCAAUCAAACUGCUACUGGUUAAAAGGACCACUCUUAUUUAAUUGAUGUGAAGCCUUCCUCAGUCUCAAAGCUGGAUUUUGAACUGAAGAAGAUGCAAAAAACUAAUUUAUUAUUACUACACUGAGCAAAUUAACCAUUUGAAUACUUACUGUUUUCUUACUUAGUAUUUCGUAUCUCAUCAAAAUACCUGAGAUGGUAUCAAUUAGCAACUGUAGGGGUGCAAAGUCUAUUAUUAUACUAAAACAAUUAAUAAUUAAACAGGCAUUUGGGUUGCUCCCAAUAAACAGACAUUAAAAUGGACUUUUGUGCUGAUAUUUUUAUACUAAACUUCAAUUGGAAGUUUUAGUACUGUAUACUGGUAUUUUAAAUUUAGAAUGACUGAAUUACAAGUAAGAGAGAAGAUUUUAUAGCGGAGCAUCUGCAUUAUGCAGGAUACUUUGCAAUAAGUAAAAUAUUCUCGUAUUAUAAUACAAUAAAAGGUUGUCUGGAACAUGUAAAAUGGAAGAGAUCAGUUACCUGCAGCUAUCUUUGAUUAUUUUUAUUUUAAACAAAUGCAGUUAGCAUUUAGACUCAAAGGUGAAAACAACAAUGCAUUUUUUAUUUACUGGGUGCAACAAAGCAAAAUGAAUGUGACGGUAUAUGUUCAGCUUUCUUUAUCUUCUCUGGAGCACUGUCUUACCCAUUAAGCAGCUCAGUUGCAUUUCUAAAUUACACAAGCCUAGGAAACACCUGGAAAACCUAAAGCUGUUAAUUUCCUUUUUAGAAUUUUUGUUUUUAUAUACUAGAUUUUACAGUUUCAUUAGAUCAACAAGGUUUUUUAAUGUUUGCAUCUUAACUUCAGUGAAACUACUCUGUGAUGAAAUAUAUCCACAUAUUUAAAGUAUGUGCUGAGUAAAGGCUUUUAGUUGGUUGCGUUGAUUGUUGGUGCAUCAGAAAAUAUGUACAAAUGCAAAAUUCUACUGGCUUUGUCUUGGUAAAAUAGUUUUAUUAAUUAAUUUAUAAGCAAUGAGAAAUCAAUUUAAAUAUCUCUGUCUUUUAAAUUAACAACUGUUUCUUCCAAGUGAGUAGGAUGGCAACACAGAUAGAGAAGGGUCCAGUCCCUGAUGAAUGCCCUUGGCAGCCCUCGUGGUGGCUAUUCUGAAGCACCAAUCACAUCCUUGAAUAUGGAGAGCAGUUCAACUUACCCAUCUGUGCAACUACUA